UGCUGGCAGUCCUGGCAGACAGACAGCUCCAGUUGCUUUGGCACAUCUUGCUGUAGACUGCAAGAUGAGAAAGUCAAUGCUCUUCCUUGGCUUUCUUCUUGCUUUCCUUGGCCUGGCUCUGCCAGGCAUCCAGGGAAAAAUAAUUUCCAGAUGUGAGAUGGUGAGGAUCCUACGUCGGAAUGGCUUUGAGGGCUUCCAGGGCACAACUGUUGCUGACUGGAUGUGCCUGGUGAAACAUGAGAGUGAUUACAACACGAAAGCGUACAAUAACAAUGGUCCGAGCAGGGACUACGGCAUCUUUCAGAUCAACAGCAAGUACUGGUGCAAUGAUGGCAAGACUGCUGGGGCCAAGAAUGCCUGCCACAUCAGUUGCUCAAAACUGCUAGAUGAUAAUAUCGAGGAUGAUAUUCGGUGUGCCAAGAAGAUUGCUCGGGAGGCUCAUGGCCUCAGUCCCUGGUAUGGCUGGAAAGACCAUUGCCGGGGCAAAGACCUGAGUUCCUAUGUCAGGGGUUGCUAAAUUGCUGCACGGAUGUUGAUUGUUUCCUCAGGAUCACCAGAGAUGGAGAAUGACGGCGUUGGGAGAGGAGGCCAGGGAAAGGGAUGGGUGUGGGGAUUUAAAAGCAGUACAUUAUUUACACAGAGUGGGUACUGGCUAGUGCUGACUCUGGAGGCCUUCACACUGCUGCAAUGCAAACAGAGAACUUAGAGCUCGUAGAUUAAUAAAAACAAGGCCACUUGUUUUUAGCAACAGGCCACUACAGUUGGAGUUUCAGCCUUGAUUUAUUUGCAUAAUCCUGACUCAUGAUUUUGUUGCCCUGACUAACAGGGCUUAGCAACAUUUAGGGUUUCUCUUUCUUUUUGUAACUUUCUCUGUUCUCUUUCACCCAUCCCUUUCUCCUCUUCUCUCUCCCCUUUAUUUUUUGCCCAUUCUUAUUGGAAUGUAUUGUCUGUAGUGAGAAAAUACAAAAAUUUAAUGAACACUGUGUAAGACGUGCAGAAUGACGUUGCUUUAUGACUGGGACUGUUGCUGAUGGAGGUGGGGAGGACAGACCAUUGACAGAGAGAAAACCAUGCUGAAACAUGACAUUGCUCCUUAAAUUUAUCUGCUCCUGGCUGAAGGGAUAGGGCCCUAGAACAUAUGGGCAUCAAUGAAUACAGUGGUUCUUAUCAUUCUUUGAGGAAAUGUUUGAGAAACUUUUUAGUUUACAUGUCCUUUUUCCAAACGAAAGCUGAAUUCAGAAACAGUGCAAGGUGGUAACAUUGAUAAAACACGUUGGCUUCUUCAUGUGCUUCCUGCUGCUGCUAGGGGAGCAAUGAAUUCUUUGGUGCUUAUGCAAUAAAAUGAUGCUUAAACUC